GGCGACUCACUGUCACUGUCAACAACAUCCUAUCCUGGAGGGAAGCUCUCCACAGCCGAGAGUGGGAAUCCGAGUGAGACAGGCAUCAUUUAAACUUCCUGAAAAGGCACAAACUCCAGACAAGAAAAAUGAAGAUGGGACAUUUUGAAAUGGUCACCACACUGCUGGCAGCCACAGUUCUAAUGGACGUCUUCCAGGUGAAGGCGGAAGUGUUAGACAUGGCGGAGAAUGCCUUCGACGACGAAUACCUCAAGUGCAACAGCAGAAUGGAAAUGAAGUACAUCCCGCAGAUGGAGAGGGAGGAGCGCGCCAGCGAUGCGCUCCUGCGGACCGUGUGGGACAAUGCAGGGAUCCAGUGGGAGGCGCGGAAGGCUCAGAUCUCCCUCCCGACGAACUUCAAGGAUGCCUACGGAAUAGCUCUGAUGGCCUACGUGACUGAGGCUCGGGAGCAGACUCCCUUUUACCACACGUUCAACAGUGCCGUGAGGACAGCCGGCCUGUCCCGAAGACGGUACAUCUACAACUUCCCGUUCAAGGCUUUUCAUUUUUACCUGGUAAGAGCCCUGCAGCUGCUGAGACGACCUUGCGAGAAAAGUUACAAAACCGUGGUGUACAGCACGAACCCAGACAUUUCAUUCACAUUCGGAGAGUCAGACCAAGUCAGGCUGGGCAACUUCACGUUGGCAUAUUCAGCCAAACCCGAGCCGGCUGACGCCCAGCGGCUGCUAACCAUCCGGACCUGCUUUGGAGUUGCCGUGGGAAAGUUUCUUAAUAAAGAAAAUGAAGAAGUUGUUUUAAUACCUCUGAGUGAGGUUUUUCAAGUGUCGAGGGAAGGAACUGGCCGCGACCUUAUCCUUCACAGCAUAAACAAUACCUGCAGCUACUACGAGUGUGCAUUCCUCGGGGGUCUAAAAACUGAAAACUGUAUUGCAAAUCCAGAAUAUAUUGACCCUAGGUAUCUCUACAAUCCCGAUACAGACAGUCAGAAGCUGGAAGACUCUGUGCCUGGAAUCAAACCCCGGGCCCCCUGCAAGCUAGGUAGGAACCGCCUUAACUCUGACAACGCAGAAAUUAAAGUGCUACAAACAGACGAAAAUCCUCACCUGCUGGAUGAAAAGCCUGCUCCUGGUCCGGUUCCAGUUCCAGGUCCGAAAUCCCAUCCUUCUGCAUCCGCUGGCAAUAUACUCCUUCCGUCAGCCACAGCAUCCACCGUUUUACUCAUCGCUUCUGCUGUAAAGGGCAUCGCGCUAUAGCUUGAAACGCUAUCUUAAUCUGCAAGAUGCUAUGGGGAUCCCACAGGAGGUCAAGAGAAAAAAAUGUAGUUCUUCGUGGACAGACUCACUGUAUAAAAGAAGAACUGUAUUAUCUGUUCCUUGUUUUACAAUUUAAAAAGCUGGCCCAGAGAGUGUCAUAGAAUUAACUUUUCAUUUCUGUAUUAAUUUUAGGAUUGCAAAAAUCCCAAAGCUGUAUACUCUUGAUCGGAUUCAAUAAAAAGUUUAAGUUUA